AUGGCUCGCUCCUCGUGCUUCUACAUGUCCAUAAACUUGCUUUUCUUGUACUUGUGGUCACAUCCUAUUGGUGCUCACAAUCUCUCUCGUUCUGUAAAACCUCUGUGUCUCGAGAACGAAAUAUCUGCACUGCUGCAGUUUAAAGAGAGAUACGACAUCGCCAAUGUUUCGAGGGGUCCUCUCACUCGUCCCAAGAUUCUAUCCUGGAAUAAAGGUCGGGAUUGCUGCUCCUGGGAUGGAAUCGAGUGUGACGAGAACACCGGCCAUGUAAUUAUUCUCAACUUGAGAAGUAGUUUUCUCUAUGGUUCCAUCGACAGCAACAGUACCCUCUUCCAGCUUGCUCACCUUGAAAAGCUCGAUCUCAGCGACAAUCACUUCAACUAUUCUCAGAUACCGUCCCGAAUUGGGGAUCUAUUGAGAUUGACUUAUCUCAAUGUCUCUUAUUCCGUAUUUUCCGGUCGAGUCCCAUCAGAAAUCUUCAAGCUGACAAGGUUGGUGUACCUUGACCUGUGUUGCAAUCUCGAUCCAUAUACUUCUACACGUUUGUUGGAAAUGCAACCACUAGGCCUGAGAAGCCUAGCUCAAAAUCUGACCAGCCUGGAAGUACUGUCCCUUGGUGUCGUCGCUAUGUCGGCCAAAGUGCCCAACACUUUGGCCAAUCUGUCUUCCCUAAGAGCGCUGCAAAUGGAUGUGUGCGACCUGCACGGUGUAUUCCCGUCCGCCAUUUUCAAUUUACCAAAGUUGAUAUAUCUCGGGGUGGCUGACAAUAAAGCUCUCAUAGGACAAUUGCCUUACUUCAACUCAAGUAGUCCUCUUAAACAACUGCGAGUGCCUGGCACGAGCUUUUCUGGAAAGCUACCCGCUUCAAUCGGAUCCAUCCCGGCUUCAUUUGCUAAUCUUAGCAACCUCGAAUACCUGAGUGUCAGCAUGAGCCCAUUCACUGCCCAGACCAUUUCCUAUUUGUCAUGGAUUUGGAAGAUUAAGAAGCUUGCCUCUUUGUAUCUCCAGAAAAUCAAUUUAUAUGGCGAGAUUCCACCUUCAAUUGGAAACUUGUCUCAACUAGUGGAGUUAAGCUUUCUUGGCAACCAAUUAAGCGGAGAGAUCCUGGGUGCCAUUGGUGAUCUUAAAGGAUUGCAGGGAUUGAACCUUUCAAAUAAUCUCCUCACUGGUCAAAUCCCACCAUUGUUAGGGAAUCUCAAAGCGCUCGAGUCAUUGGACCUUUCUUUGAACAAACUCUCGGGACAGAUCCCCCAGAAGCUAACAGAACUCGGGUUCCUUUCUGUCUUGAACAUGUCUUACAACAAUCUGACUGGGUCUGUGCCUAGAGGGAAACAGUUUGAUACGUUUUCAAACAAUUCUUUCGAAGGAAACUCGGGACUAUGUGGGGAAUUCAUAUCCACAAAAUGUCAAGAUUCGAGGAUAAGUCGGACAACCUUCAACCCACCAAGAAGAAGGCCUGGGAUCGGCAAUUGA